GAGCAGCAGAGUAGCAAGAGACUAUGGCCAGGUGACAGAGGACCUAGUAAAUCAUGUUAAGGAGUUUGAACUUUAUCCUGAGGGCAAAAGGGGAGCCAGUGAAGGGUUUUAAGGUGAAGAGUGGCAUAGUGUGCCUAGAGCCUGGAAAGUUGCCUCAGCUGCUGCGUGCAAGUUUGGGAAGAAGAGAGACCAGAGAGAAGGCUGGAACAAGACCCCAGAGCAGCCAGAAAGUGAGAGCUGGUGCGUGGUGUAUCCUUGCACGAAGCAGGCAUCUGGUCCAUGGGAGGCAUGUUUGCCCUAAGUGCUUGAUAUACAGGCAUUGCCUGGAAGGAAGUGGGUCUUGAGAGAAAAAGAGAGAUCAGCAUGGAAGAGCAGAGGGAUCCUGGUAGCUAAUGUCAGAAGAAAGUGACUCUCUGCGAACCAGCCCCUCUGCGGCCUCGCUCUCAGAAAAUGAGCUGCCACCACCAGCCGAGCCUCCCGGCUACGUGUGCUCACUGACGGAGGACCUGGUGACCAAAGCCAGGGAGGAGCUGCAGGAGAAGCCGGAAUGGAGACUUCGAGACGUGCAGGCCCUCCGUGACAUGGUGCGGAAGGAGUGCCCGAACCUGAGCACCUCCCUGGACGACGCCUUCCUGCUGCGCUUCCUCCGGGCCCGCAAGUUCGAUUACGACCGAGCCCUGCAGCUCCUGGUCAGUUACCACAGCUGCAGGAGAAGCUGGCCUGAGGUCUUCAACAACCUGAAGCCCUCGGCCUUAAAGGAUGUCCUCGCUUCGGGAUUCCUCACCGUGCUGCCCCACACCGACCCCCGGGGCUGCCACAUCCUGUGCAUGCGCCCAGACAGAUGGAUACCGAGCAACUACCCAAUUACUGAAAACAUCCGAGCUAUAUACUUGACGUUAGAAAAACUCAUUCAGUCUGAAGAAACCCAAGUGAAUGGAAUCGUGAUUCUUGCGGACUACAAAGGAGUGAGCUUAUCAAAAGCAUCUCACUUUGGCCCUUUUAUAGCCAAAAAGGUCAUUGGCAUCCUUCAGGAUGGCUUCCCCAUUCGGAUAAAAGCAGUCCAUGUAGUGAAUGAACCUCGAAUAUUUAAAGGCAUUUUUGCCAUCAUAAAACCAUUUCUGAAGGAGAAAAUAGCAAACAGAUUUUUCCUCCAUGGGUCUGACCUGAACUCUCUCCACACAAGCCUUCCCAGAAGCAUUCUCCCCAAGGAGUAUGGGGGCACAGCCGGAGAGCUGGACAUCAGCGCCUGGAAUGCAGUGCUGCUGGCCUCGGAGGAGGACUUCGUGAGGGAGUUCUGCCAGCCAGUCUCUGUGUGCGACAGCAUCCUGGGCCAGGCCCUCCCGCCUGAGGGGCUGACCUCGGACGCGCAGUGUGAUGAUUCCCUGCGGGCCGUGAAGUCCCAGCUCUACUCCUGCUAUUAGCCAGUCCCUGUGAGUGCCACCCUCUUGAAAUCCUUUCCUUUUUCUUUGGAGAGGUGCAAGGAGAAUUUGAGGUGCCGUGGAGUCUGUCUUGCUCCUUGUAAUUAAAUUAAAGCCUGUAGAGUCUGAGGGUGAGCCCUGGGGUAAGCCUUUGGUGACUUGAAUUAAUCCAUGGAAGACACGGAAGAUGUCCCCAGUGAUUCCCAAACCUUUGGAAUCCCAGUUUGCAGCCACUAACCUGGAAGUGUAUCUGGUUCUUGGAGAUCUUGGAACAAGAGAAAUCAGGAUCAAAUCACUUUGGUCCCCCAUUCCGGGAGAAAACCACCUGACUGGCCGGUCAGCACACUCCUGUGAAAGAACCUGGCUGUGCCUACAGGAUGGCCACACAGGGGACUUCAGGAGUUCGUGUCUUUCAUCUGAACCCUAACGACAGACUUGGGUUGCUCACCAGGAAGUUUCUAGUUGGAGGCCCAGACCCCAGCUGCCACACUGGGUUUGGAAAGCACCUUAAUCUACUCAUGGGAGCAUCAGGACAUAAGCAGCACCUCCUGAUCAAAUUUGGGAGCCAGAGGCGUCAGACAACCUCUGGGAUUUAUUGACUGACUCUUGCAAUAGAAAUGGAAGUUUUCCCAAACCCACAAAGCCUUAGCCCUGGUUCUCAGUACAAUCAUACAGGAUCCUAGAGGGAUGUGAUUCUACUUAACCUAAAACGCUAGACGCCAGGCCCGAGCUGAAAGAAUUCUGGCCCAAGAAUGAAGAGACCAGGGCUCCAGCCUCACAAGUGUGGACUGUAGACAAAACCUGGACCUCUGUGGGCCUCACCCUUCUCAUCUGUAAAAUGAAGCUGGAUGAAAUGAUGCCUAGGGCCUUGGCUGACGUUCUGGGAUUUGGUUUAGUCAUUGAAUGCUAGGCAUUUGUUUUCUGCCUAGAUGGCUCUCAAAUGGCUCUCAAAGAGGCAAGGGGUUGGGUCCGCUUUUUUGUGGUACACCUGGGCCUUUCCAAGAGGCAUGUGUCACCAUCUGGCCCUGCCUUUAAGGAAAGUGUAUGUAUAUUCUUGGGACCUGGCGAUAACCAACUUCUUUUUGUAGGGAGGGUUAAACUGGAAAAGGGCAGGUGAGAUGACCUAGGUUUGUGGGAAUUCCUUCUAUCCCUGAGGCUCUGGCCGUACACUGGAAACCUGGCAGCAGGGAAUGGCUAAUUACUUGGGAUUCUUAGAUUUUGGUCUCUGGAAACGAAUGCAAGUGCGUGCUAUCGCCAGAUCAUUCUGGGGCCCCCGACCUCCCAGACACACUUGCAUUUCUCUCUCUCUGGUACGGGUGGACAGACUCGUCUAGCCAGCGAGACCGAAUGUUAGCUCUGCGUUUCAGCACCUCAGACCCUUCCUGUCAGAACUUCAGCCUUAGCCCAACCAUCGAACUAGGUGGUUCUUCUGGUGGCUUUUGACCUAUUUCCUUUCAUAUUAAUUCCUUAAAAAUUCAUGCAUUUCUGAAACCAGCAGGCAAGGGGACCAUCUGUGAGGAGGAGGGCAGUGCUCUGAAAGCCAAAGGCCCGUCUACUGUGGAUAAGCUCGUCAUCUUCAUACGCUGUUUAAAAUGCCUGGAGAAGGUGGAAAUGACUCACCCCAUCAGUGCCAAGUCCAGGGAAUGCUCUGCCCUGUGGGUACCAACCCUGGAUCCUCUAGGGGCCACGCCGAGUUGGAAGUGCCAGCAUGCAGGCCCCUGGCAGCCCUCAGUUCCAUCUGCCAGGAACAGCGUGACCGGCUCUGCUGAAAAGAUCUUGACAGCGCCAGCAGGAUGGCUCAAGCAGAAGGUUUAGAACCCAACUGCUUGGAUGUGGGAAGUGGUUAGAGGUGUUCUCAGACCUCAGAGAGGAAGGAGAGAUUCCCCACCACCCCCAAGCUAGACAGAGGGAGAGAGGGACUGGUCAGCCCCACCAAGUUUCCCGUUUACAGGCUGCACUGCGUUCCUGGCCCGUGUGGCCCAUGUCCCUUGACUUGAAAAGCUUGCGUGUGUGUAAGCUCACCUAGACAAGGAUCUCCAAGACCGGGACGUUGCCCGUUUCCUAGGGUCUUCCAGGUGGCCCAGGGAGCGGUUUCAUUCAGCUUCUGAGUCAGAGCCAAGAUCUGUUUGCCUUCUGCAGCUGCUGGGCUUGGUUUUGGUUCCAGAGGGAGAUCAAAUAGUUUGGACACCUCAGGAGGAUUGGACCAGGCUGUGAAAGCAGGAGCUCCCUGGGUGAAAAUCAAGGCGGUUUCUGUGCGGCUUUACCAGGUGUCUGUGUAGAGCCGCCCCAGCAGGGUGGUGGGAUGAUGAAGCGAGCACACGAGGAGCCUGGCUCGGGAGCGGGGGUACACCAGUGGGGCAAACAAGUGAGCAUCGGGAGAACCGCGAGUGUUUUCCUUCAGGGAGAAGGUCUGGCCCAUUUCAUGAACACCUGAAAAGUGACUUUUCCCUAAAUUAAUGGUACCGUGGAACAGGAAAGGGAAAGGAGUCAACCAGGAGACCGGAGCUCUGGCUUUACACGCUGUGUGGCCUUGAAUAAGCCACUGACCACCCCUGAAUCACAUGCUAAAGGGAUCCCCACUCUGAGCUCCGAACCCUCUGUUUUAGGCAUCAUUUGGCUUUACUGCCACAAGGACAUUGUACUCUACCUUUUAGAGGCCUGUUUCUCCCCCGCUUCCCCCAAUCUGGGUUAUUUUAUAGGCGAUGUAGGUCUGAUUCAAUUGCUCCCAAGUGAAUCUGUAAGCUUAGGUAAUAUGGGGGUUUUCUCCCUCUUCUCUUGUACAGAAUCUGGGACAUUGUGCCUCUUCCUGGAAUCCUGUUCUACCUUCACGGGGACAGGCCGGAAGAAAUGUACAGAAACGUCUGUGCAACCCUGGCUUCCUCUCCCGAGCUUACUUGCUUUGGGCAGAAGUGGCUUUAGCUUCAUCUCGCUUUCACAAGGACCCACUUGUCUCUAGAGGUUUACAGACACUUCGGCUUGUACGAUACUACAUUUUUGCCGAACUUGAGAAGACAAUGAGAGGUAUUUUCCCCAAAUUCCUAUGAGACACUGAGCCGUUCUGAAUUCUCCCAGUGGGCAGUUUCUUUAAAUGCCACUGGAUUCUCAGAUCAGUCAUGGGAUUACUUUUCCACUUGGGCAGGCAAAAGCUGUGGCAUUAUUAUAAUACUUCAUUGUAAAGUUUUUAGCUUUUAAGAUUUACCUUUGAAGCCUUUUCUUUCAUCGAGGCAGUGAAGUGUUAGCAGAGGUCACGGUGCAAGUGUGGCUGUUCUGGGGCUCUGUGGAGACACCAAACAGAAGCAUCUCAACUGUUCGGGAGGGUAGUCCAUCCGGUGAUGUCUGUCAGUAUUGGGGCCUAUUAACUUUGUAAAUCUAAAGUAAAUUCCUUUCUGCUUUCCCGACUCAGAAUUGGUUUGCUCGAAAUGCCAAGUGACAGGAAUCGUCAGUCAGAGAUUCCUUAACAGCUUGUGCCACAGGGAGGCCCCGUGAGACUCACGGAAGGAGAUGCUGUUGAUGAACUGUUUGCCAUUUCUCGACUUCUCCUGAGGCCUCGCUGGGCGGCUCACUUAGUUGGGCAGGUCAGCCGCUGUCGGGGAUUGUGGCUGUGCCUCCAUCUCUUGGCACAUCACGUGGUAACCUGGUACGGGGAGGAAAUGCCUGAAGCCACUGGGGGCCAGGAGCCUCUGAUCCCACUCUGACGGGGCAGGGGGUGGGGCGGGAGUCGAGCUCACUUUCUCAGCAGACUGGGGCACCAUUUCAGCCACUGGUCACAUUCCUCGCUUCAGACUGAAACUCAGUUUAGCUCUGAGUAUACAGACACGUGGUGGUGGAUUCAUCUAACUUCAGUGUUUGACCAAAAGUUUAUUUUUCUAGUGCAUUUUCUAAGUCAAAGUGGUGAAAACAUGUAAUUUUAGUAUGCAUGACUGGGUCUUAAUAAAAAUCCCUGUAAGGUUA